AAUAAUGCGACAAAUCCACGCGAAGUAUGGAAGAUAACGUACGACAAUGAUCGGAAGAGGACGUAAACUCGUCGACGCUGUGAGUAUACUUUCGCGGACGAGUGCUAUUAUUGUGAUUUGACCUCCGAGGUUACUGGAUAAUUUGAUUAUUUGUCAACGAACGCUACGAUCCGGAGAAUGUCUGCUAGGAGCCACAGCACAAAGAGAAUCAUUAAUGUUGUAAACUGAUCUUGAGAUAUCGGUAACACCGAACACGAGCAGUGCUACAACGAUAAACCGUGGGAUCAACAGCGCAAAGAAAAAAUGUCGUGCUCGAGCGAGCUGUCUCGAUCGCAAGAGUACCUAAGCUUUCGGAGUUCCGUCCCGCUCAGGAAAAUUAUCGUUGACGUCGAUGGCACUAAGGGAUGGAAGGUAUACGACUCCAGUCCAAAAACCAUAAAGUGCCCCUUGAUAUGUCUUCCACCGGUUAGCGGAACGGCGGACAUUUUCUUCAAACAAAUAUUGGGCUUGGCGGCCAAAGGAUACAGAAUCAUAUCGGCCGAACCACCGGUUUAUUGGAACGUUAAGGAAUGGUGCGACGGAUUUCGAAAACUCUUGGAUUACAUGGAACUAGACAAGGUGCACCUGUUCGGAGCUUCAUUAGGCGGAUUCCUGGCACAGAAGUUUACCGAAGUUAACGCCCACUGUCCCAGAGUAGUGUCGUUGGUGCUCUGCAAUACGUUUACAGACACCUCGGUGUUUAGUUACAAUGAUUCAGCUGCAGUGUUUUGGAUUCUGCCGUCGUUGGUGUUGAAGAAAAUGCUGAUGGGGAAUUUCGUGACGCAGAAAGUCGAUGGAGAGAUCGUGGAAGCCAUAGAUUUUAUGGUGGAGAGGCUGGAGAGCUUAACUCAAGCGGAAUUGGCGUCUCGGUUAACGAUAAAUUGCGUAAACUGUUACGUGCAGCCGCAGAAGAUAUGUCAUUUGCCCGUUACUAUCAUAGACGUUUUCGACGAGUACGCCUUGUCGAAUUCGGUGAGAGAAGAGAUGUACAAAUGCUACCCGAACGCCAAGUUGGCGCAUCUGAAAAGUGGGGGGAACUUUCCGUAUUUGAGUCGGUCCGAAGAAGUGAAUUUGCAUUUACAGAUUCACUUGAGACAAUUCGAGGGCACGGAAUAUGCUGCCUCCACGAGAACACAGGUUACACCGCAAAAUACCGACGGCUAACACCGAGUCCAGGUGUUGGAAAGGUAGAAAGACCUAAAGUUGUCGACUGGAGACGACUUGGAUACACGCGUUCCUCUACAUGCCGACCAGUUGUCGAUCAUAUUGAUUUUUGCGUCAUUCUCUACGACGGGUACCUAUUAAAACUCCUGGUUGAUAUAGCAAUCUCGAAACAGUUACGCCAAGAUGUUCAUCGUCAUUCGUAUCAGACAUACCGAAGUUUUAUAUAUAUAGUAAUUAGUCUUACGAAGCGUGCGCUCUUUCUAUUGUUAUAUUUUUUUAAGGGAACAAUAACCGAUUGUAAGGCGCUUCGAGUCUCGCUUGAAUUUGAAUCGCUGAACGUUAACGUCAAUCCACCGAUAACAUUUACGUUGUCAUAAAUACGUAAGAAAGCAAUGUUCACACGUAACAGAAAAUUAAGACUACGAAAUGAAAUUAAUAUCGAUGAUAUAUUUGAUCUUCGAAUCAACGUGUAAAUAUACUUCUUCAAAAUAAAUAUACUUUUGUAAGAAACGUCAAUGAAAGGUUUACGUUGUCCGUGGCUCUGGCGGUGAACGAACUCUCGUGGCGUCCGCAGCUCGCAAGACCGUCUAACCGAGAGACCGUACAAGAACUUGCUCCGUAUCGAUUUCUCUCUGUACGCACCCGUCCGCGUUUCUCUCUUGCGAGCUCGGAUUACAGACUUUCCUGUCCAUGGGAUACCUUACGCUCACCCACAGACACACACCACACGCGUAUUAAUCACGGUCGUGCACCGAACCGCAGUCGCGUCAUCCAACUCGCAUUAGAAUUGCUCCUGAGCUGACCUGCCCGGUAUCUUUCGAGCUCGAGAUCGCGCGCCAGCGUUCACCCUCUAUGCGAGUAUAGCUGUUCUAGAAAAACCUUUCUCAACAGCAGUCACAAAACGGUGCUCAAACAUCUCGCCUCAAACUAAUCGCCGAAUCGUAGAAAAUAUAUUUCUUUUCGUUGGUCAACGAAUCGCAUCAGUGGACAUUCGACGCGUGUCGUCUAACGAGGAGAGUGAAUGGAAUAC